GGUGCCCGGUUUCAUGUGGAAAUCAAUAGUAGUGGGAAUGGUUACCAGUGUAAACUGGGCCAGCUCUACAUUGUACGUGUAAUUUUAUAGGAAUUUUGCUCUGCAUGUAAAAUACACACAAAAAUGUAAGCGGUGUACACAAACGAGUAUCUGCCGAAAACUGGUCAAAACUGAACUUCAAAUUACGGAUUACAAUGACUUCGACACGGUGAAUUCCUGCCAGAAAUAUUGGUGCGUACACGUGGACAGUUCCGCAAUGGAUGGCGUUGCUACUUGAUGGUCUAGGGUGAUCUUUUUCUGCUUACAUGUUGGGCAAGUUUGACGACCACCACCGCCACUGCAUGUGCCAUGGGGAAGACGCAGAGCAAGAACAUUGGUUUCUCCAAUCUAGGUUUCGCCAGUGCAAGCACUAAACGGAGAGAAAACCCAGAAGGAGGCUACGUCUUGAGUGGCUGUGUGAACAACCAGUUUCAGGAGUCGGAGGAAUCCUUGUGGCAUUCUAAGGUCGCUCUUCUGGGCUCUUCGGACUCUUCUGAGAAAAGGAGUUUUCAACUAAGCCCCGUGCCGCAGACGUCGUCGGAUGACCCUCACCUGUGCCAGUGUAAUACACCCCACGUCCCUGUAGGAUUUGCCAAAGAUAAUUGCCAUUUUGAAGUUGCCUUACCACCGGAGGUGACAGGAUCCGCCUGCAGCGUGAAGGUUGUAGCUGUGGAGAAGACUGACAGUACUGAGGAAGUCAAACCUCCGCUUUCCCCGACGAUGUCUUCAAACAGCGGCAAGGCUACAGUAGGGGCCGUCGAUUGCGACGUUUCUCUAGACGGGGAAUCUGACCAACAAGAGUGGGCCUUUACCCUGUAUGACUUUGAUGGUCACCGCAAAGUCACAAGAGAGGAUUUAUCCAGUCUUCUCAAGACCAUCUCAGAGGCCCUUGCCUCCACCAUCACCUUGCCAGCUAGUGGCAGCAAGAAGCUACGUCUUCGCCUCUCCGUCGGCUCUGAAGACUCCGGCGAUCCUAAACCUUUCCCCGCCGAAAACAAAGAAAACGUUGGCAGGACUGCAUGUCCUGUCUCUACAGGCCCUGGGAAACCACUACAUGAUGUGGAUGGGUUACCGACGCCUGCCGGGUACCAGCAGCCUGUCAGGAGUGGGGUUCGGACACACAGGCACAAUCGGAGAACGUUGUCGGCUAGUCAGGCCGACUAUCACGGCAUGGACGGCCGCAGCCCUAACACUAAGAGACAGCACAAACUUAGGAGACAGCAGAGUGCCUACAAUCACGGAGGCGAUGAAGAGGUCCGACACAGACCUCAUCCAGUCAGUAGCUCCUCGUCCCCAACAAGAGAGCCAGAGAACAGAGAGCGAAGGAACUACUAUGAAGAGCUGGCAGGGAUCGAGAACGACUGCAAUCAACAAGAAGAGGCAAUCGUCAUAGCUCAGGAGAGAGAGGUGGAGUAUCUGGCUCAGCAGCAGCUCCCACUGCCUCAUAGAACCAGACAUACCUCGGCUGAGAGGCUGAGAGGGAGGGGACACAGACAUCCCAGCAAGGGGGGUAAGGGUGGCCACCGGCGGUCUCGGUCCUAUGACUUGGACGCCCAGCAACCCAUACAGGAAGGUGUGUUGAGCACAGAGGAGCAUAAACUGAAGUGUGGGUUGAGGCAGCGGUAUCAUAAGGAUUACCAUAUGCUUCUUUUGGAGGCUUCCCGGGCCAAACUGGAAGGCUUUCAACCAGCUUCACCUCCAGGCCCAGCAGGUGACAACCAGACCCCUCAGGUGCCCAUGAAACUACCCACGUUCACCGCCGCGCCUUCACCCCUGGCUAGGCUAGCCACCUUCGCCCCACCGGCACCAUCACCAACCAACCUCUGCCCAACCCAGCUGAAUUCAAGCCCCGCCCCUCGGGACCCCGCCCUGGUGACUAGCCCCAAGGUCCCCACCCGGCGACGCUCUCACAAGAAGCUCCGCAAGCCGGCCUUGCAACCCUUCACCUACAUGCAGCAUGAGAUAGCCAACGGCAUGGAGGGUGUCGUCUAUGUUCCUGUCUCACAGCGACAUGAACAUCACCAUCACCACGAACAUCACCAUCAUCAUCAUUACCACCACUACCACAAGUGACUAGUCGUGGCUAGGUCAACUACCUGGUGUUGGCUGAAUGUGAACUGCCUGGAACUUGCGUCAGAGAGGAAAAUAUGGAGAGUGUAAAGUGCCAGAAAACCUGAAGACUCUAAUUCCUCUCAAGUUUCAGUUCCGUUAAAGGUGCUAUCACAUUCACUGGAUUGCAAACAACCACCAACACCUAGCUGUGCCCAAUUUUGCAUUUUGGAUUGGUCUGUGAUGGUGUGGUCAGAAUUUCACCAGAACUACUAAAAAUGGCUGUGGACAAAACUUGCACAAAAAACACAUUUUAUAACUUGGACCAAACUGUGUUGGCAAGAUGGCAAAGCAUGUCGGUUGGCCAGUUUUCAACUACUUAAGAGUUGUCCGUGAAAGAAUGCAAGGACAUCUGACAUCAAACUCAGCUUUGGUGAUAUACGAGCGUCGGAUCUUAAACAAGGUGCUUUUUUUAAAGCAUGAAAAAAGCAGGGUUAGCUAUUUUUUACUACUGUAUCUUGUAAGUAUUAAAGUAUCUUAAAAACUCAAGUGUAACAUAAGGACGACCAAAAUGUCCGGUGUAAUAUAUACUUUUUGCCUCGUUUUGGAAUUGAAUGUUAUCAAACAGUAAGAUUUUAAUCAUAUACUUAAUAUAUUUACACAAUUUCCUAUUGGUACACAUGGGAAUUGAUCAGUACCAACAAUUGUCUAAAUGCUGAAUUAAAAACAAUGCAUCAAUUAUAACAAACCACUAAUUCUGCAUAUUAUUAAGUUAAGUGGUAAACAAGCUGAGGAGGACUAUAAUCUAUGCGUGUAUCCAGAAUACAAGUUCUCAAAUGAACAAGUCUUCACAGGGGGUAGUGUCACCAACAAAAAUAAAUAUUUUAAGGUUGGCCUUGGGUCUGUCGUCUAAUUCAUAGUAUUCAAAAGUUAUCCGUAAAUAUUGAAGGAAUUUUCUCAUAACGCCCAGUGAGGUCGAGUUGCACCGAACAGCUACGUAUAAAAUGACCAAUCUAUUCUUUCGGUCGCCUGCACAACAAUGCCAGUGUUCAUUAAGUUAAAGUCUAGACCUUAGCCCAUUAGCAAAUGUAUUACAUUGUAUUUAUUUACUGAUGAAUCCAUAAAACGAUAGAGUGUGUCUUUAGGUGCUAUACAGGGAGUAACACACAGGGCAGUUUGGGGUGGGACAGGUACAAAUGGGUUGUAUAGUUGAACGUACCGUUAGAGAAUAAUUAUGUACACAAAAUUAUUGGUUUGAAAAUUAUGAACUUUAAUUCUAUUCAAUGUAAUCCAGUGAAAUGCUGCAUCUGAAAUUUGAUUCAUAGAUCAUCAUUGGUCGUUUUGAAAUCUGGCAAAUUGAUUAGACCCUCUAUUUUUUUGUUUGGGUAAGCCCUCCUAAAGGCACUGGUGGUGGCUAAUCUAUCCCACAAAAUACUGGAAACAAGGCAUUUUGAGUAACUUACUGUCAUGAUCCAUGCAUUUUCAGUUUUGUGAGCAUGUGUUGUGUACAGGUGGAAGUAUUUGGCCAAGUCAAGGGUUAAACAUGAUCUGUCCAAUCAAUUAAGUGCCCACCAAAACACGUGGGUACAAGCAAAUGCUUGUCACAUAUUCAUCAGUAAAGAGCGCCCUCAAUAGACUGACCAGUGACUAACUCCUAUAUUGCACUCUGGUUUCAAGUGCUAUAUAGACCAUAUUUUCACAGCACCAACCAUUAUUUUUGUAAGAAAGUAUGUACACGUUAUAUUAUGUAUACAUUGUACAUCAUGCGUCACAAGAGCAUUUCAUCAUAAUUUAGUCAUAAAACUUGAAAAUAACCUUUUUUUCCAACAAGUUGAUUGGCAUUAAGUUGUUAAAAAAA